AAGCGGGCUUGCUGUGUCGCAUUUUGCUUUUGUGGCGUUCAAUAGUUUUCGGUGUGUUUCGAACGGUUUCAUAUUGCGUGUGUAAAGUGGACAUAACAGUUGUGAUUGUAUUUUGCACGCUGCACAUUCGCAUAUUCCAAGGAUAGUUGAUACAAAAACCGCAUACUUUAGCACAAUGAGUUCCCACGGGCUGACCGUAGGAUUUCUUGCGGAAAUCAUGCAGGGGAAUGAGUUACCCAAUCCCGUGGUGCAGAUCCUUGGCUCGAAGCGUAUUGCCGGUAGUGGCGAACAGUCUGAACGCUUCCGCUUGCUCAUAUCGGACGGAAAGUCGCUGUACAGCUUCGCUAUGCUUGCCACGCAGCUGAACGAUCUGCAAAAGCAGGACAAACUACCACAGUACACCAUUAUCCGGAUCGAUCGCUACACCACAUCGGUUGUGAACCGGAAUGAAAAGGGAGAAAAACGAGUGUUGAUCAUCGUCGAACUGACCGUGCUGAAGGAGGGCAGUUUGGUGGGCGAAAAGAUUGGUGAUCCACAACCAAUAACGGACACUCCGACACAGUCGGCCAACAGUGGUACGUCUCUGCCGGCGUCCCGCCCAAUGGACACAAUCGGUAGCGGUAGCAUUAGUAACGGAUCUUCAUACGGUGGCGCGAACCGCUCCAUGUCUACGAGCUCUGCUUCGAAUGCUUCGAUUGGGGACUCGCUUACACAUCCCAUUUCGUCGCUCAGCCCGUACCAAAACAAGUGGGUCAUAAAGGCACGUGUAAUGUCAAAAUCGGGCAUCCGCACGUGGAGCAAUGCAAAGGGCGAGGGUAAGCUGUUCAGCAUGGACAUAAUGGAUGAGUCGGGUGAGAUUCGGGUCACCGCGUUCAAGGAUCAGUGCGACCGGUACUACGACAUGAUCGAGGUCGAUAAGGUGUACUUCAUCUCCAAGUGUCAGCUGAAACCGGCCAACAAGCAGUACUCGAACCUGAAGAACGAUUACGAGAUGACGAUGACAAACGAUACGAUCGUGCAGGAAUGCAAAGAUGUAGACGGCUCGAUGCCGGAGAUUCAGUACAACUUUGUGCCGAUUUCGCAGAUCGCCAACAUGGAACCGAAUGCGACAGUGGACGUGGUCGGCAUGUGUAAAGACGUGAGCGAAGUUGUACAGUUUACCGCGAAAACAUCCGGACGAGAGUUGCGGAAGCGGGAAAUAACGAUGGUAGAUUCGAGUAACGCCUCCGUACAGCUGACACUGUGGGGUGAUGAUGCGCAGAAUUUUCCUACAUCGUCGAACCCGGUCGUAAUGCUCAAGGGUGCUCGGGUGUCCGAGUUUGGCGGUGGUAAAUCGCUCGGAAUGAUUGGCGGUACCGUGAUGAAGCUGAACCCGGACAUAGAGAUGGCGCACAAGGUGCGCGGUUGGUACGAAAAUGGUGGCCGUGACGUAUCGGUCAGCAGUGUGUCGGCACGUACGGGCGGUGGCGCUGCUGGGCUUACCACCGAGUGGUUAUCGUUCCAGGAGGCAAAGGAUCGAAACCUUGGUGCCGGUGAUAAGCCCGACUACUUCCAGGUGAAGGCUAUGAUACACACGAUCAAAUCUUCCAACGCUGUAUACAAGGCAUGCCCGCAGGCGGACUGCAACAAAAAGGUGAUCGAUCAGGAGAAUGGACAGUUCCGGUGCGAGAAAUGUAAUGCCGAAUUCCCGAACUUCAAGUACCGGCUGCUGGUGAACAUGCUUAUCGGCGAUUGGACCUCAAAUCGGUGGGUAACAGUUUUUACCGAGCUGGCCGAAGAGAUGCUGGGCAAAUCGUCACAGGAGAUCGGUAGUAGCCUCGAGUAUCAGAAGGAGGAAGCGGAAAAACUGUUCGCCUCGAUCAGCUUCAAAUCGUUCGUGUUUAAGCUGCGCACCAAGGUGGAAUAUUUUGGUGAGCAGCCGCGUAACAAAACGUCGGCCGUCAGUGUGGCGCCGGUGAACCACAAGGAAUACAAUGCGUUGCUGAUCAAGAGCAUCCAGGAGCUGACCGGCGUGGGAAAGAACUAACAAUUUGCACAAUUUAUGUUCGGCUCGUAAAACGUAUGAUUCCAUCUUUUCUUUCCAUUUAUGAUAUGUUUUCUCUUUUUUAAAAAAAAACCUAAUUUAAAAUCCCAACCACAUACACAUACGCAUACAAAGAAUAAAAAUGCUCAUUGCGUUACUCAUAA